CUGAAUUCCUCCAGAUUUCUCAAAUUCCCAAAGUAACUUUAAUAACGAGAGCUGAGGCCUCCAUUUUUAGUGGCCCAGUGCAUCCCUUAUAAUAUUGGCUAUGAGUCUACUGUCACUGUAAUGUCACCUCUUUUCAGCCACUCUUAUAGUCUCGAUAAUAGCUACAGCAGAGUAUCUAGUUUCAUAACAGUUUAGCUUUGCCUCAGAGCUGGUGAUGAAAGUUUCGUAUCUGUAAGGUUUCUAGGUGAAGGAGGCAGUCACAGUAGAGGUAGGUUUCCGUAUGAUUACAAGCUAGACGAGAGGGAAAAUCCUAUGCACAUAUAUAUAUAUAUGUGUGUGUGUGUGUUAGCAUUAAAGUUACCAUACCUCUAAUUUUACAGUAAGUGUCUCAUUAAUUUAGUUGAAAGGCCAUUCCUAAGCCUUUACAAGCAGGUUUAAUUACAAAAUAUGCAUAUUCUGAUUAUUCAAUAAUAUGUAGAACCUCUCCUCUGAUUGUUCAAUAUGCAGAAUCUCGUCUCUUUUUUAAUUUGUCCCUCAAACCUAAGUUUUACAAGCCUGUACCCAAGUUUUAUAAGCUAGUAGCCCAGUUUCUAUAUAGUCACCUGUCUUGGUAAAAUGUUUCAAGGAGGCUUUAAUGUUCAUAAUAUGAACUCAAUAUAUUACUAUAAAAUUUAUAUUUAAUAAUUAAAUCUAUUAAGGAACUUAUACUAUUGUGUUACUGAGUAAUGUAAUAGCCACUUUAAAAAGAAAGCCCUACUUAAAACAUAAAUAAAAGCCACGUAUUACCAUAUCAAUACUUUUGAGCAUUUUGUUGGAAGAGUAAAUCUAGCUAAUUUCCGAAAUAUACCAUCUAAUCCAGGCUGACAAGGGAGAGUAUCCUUUUCAUUUUUCCUUAAAAGACAAGAAGAAGAGAGAAUAGAAAGAAGUCUCUCUUUUGUUACUGUUCCUGCAGUUUUUAAAAGCUAUAUUGUAUAUAAAGCUACAGUAAACUAAGCUCCUAACAGGCCAAACCUUAUCUCACUCUAAAACUGUAAUUCGUCCUGCCUGUGGCCAAAUUUAUGGACAAUAUUAGUAAAAACAUAGUACACAGUCGGGCAGGGUGGCUCACGCCUGUAAUCCCAGCACUUUGGGAGGCCGAGGGGCGGAUCACGAGGUCAGGAAUUCGAGACCAUCCUGGCUAACACGGUGAAACCCUGUCUCUACUAAAAAUACAAAAAAAUUAGCCAGGCGUGGCGGCAUGCGCCUGUAGUCCCAGCUGCUGGGGAGGCUGAAGCAGGAGAAUGGCGUAAACCCGUGAGGCGGAGGUUGCAGUGAGCCGAGAUCGCGCCACUGGACUCCAGCCUGGGUGACAGAGCAAGACUCCGUCUCAAAAAAAAUAAAAUAAAAAUUAAAAUAAAAUAAAAAUAUAGUACACAUUACGACUUAAGUAGUUGAAAUUUGUGCCAAGUUUGAGCAACAAAUGAGUUGCUCAGAAACAUUUUAAGGUGAUUACUUGGAAUAAACAAACACCUUCAAACUUUUCAGAAUCGCUCAUUGUAACUGGUAUCCAAAUUACAAUUUUUUAAAUCUAUUCACUCCAAUCAUAUAAAGCCCUACAAGAAGUUGUAUAUUUGAAGGCAAUUUAAGCUUUCUUUCACUAAUUAUUCAGACUUUACACGAACUUAAUCGACCUUCUCUGAGUGUGUCUAAAUUUGGUUAGGUAUUUGCAGAUUAGCCACAUCUGUAAACAUGGUAUACGGAGGUGAAACAAAUAGAUUUUACCAUGCUUUCUUAUUCCAUAAAGUCCAUAAAGCAUUCUAAAUCAAAUGUGGAGUAUCACGUCACAUCCAGAAUAAAAGUAAAAAUAAUGGAUCACAACUUAAAAUUACAGUGCUGUCUUUAAUCAAAACACUUGUUCAUUUCUCACUGUGCACAAUGUAGCACUAACAUGGUCUUCCGAACAGUGCUGCUUGGUAUAAAACCGAGAAAUAUUAAAGACCAGGAAUAAGGUUAUGCGUCCUAUGGGUACAUUUCGGAAAAGAAAAUACAUCCAACGAGUAUGACUCUAGAUAGGAUUUUGUACACCCUCAACAAGUGACAAAACUUAAAACUAGGUAACCGCCCUCAUAAGGUACUCGAAACUAAAAUUUUUGCCACUAAAACAUGGCAUGUGCAAAAGUUCUCUCUCUGGCCAUCACUCCUGCUAAGGACACUGGGAAGGACAUGGUCAACGUAGCAGUCGAUCAAAAAGAUUCCAGGGAAACUGCGCAACAGCCUGGGGCCGAGAAGCGAAACUUGGUCUUCUCCACCCUCGUCUCACUCGUUUUCCCCGAGACUUGGUACUGGGAGAUAGGACGGGAGUCUCCUACACGCAGGCAACACUUGCCACGAGCGGCUAGACUUGGGACAGGCAAGUUGCCCUGCCACCCUUCUAUCGCCCCCACUCCUCCUUUACUUAAGGGCGAUGGCAAAGACGUCCUCCUCCCCCUUCUCCUCCUCUUUGGUGCCUCCAGCCAGGAGGCGGGAGCGAUCCACAGCAGCUGACCCAGCUCAGGCACUGCCUCUCUCACAGCCCUCAAGACACACCAUGGGCCCAGAGGCAGGUUUGCUACACAGCAGCGACGACGCAGGCGGCGGCCCCGGCGACUCGCAACUGCCUCCCUGACCACAGCGACCACCGCCUAACACCCCCGAGAAGCCAUCGCCACCACCGGCAGGAGAACCUAGGGUCCAUAAAGCCAUCUUCGCGAUCGACUAAAGCUACGUCAACAACUAUGGCGGGCGAGGGACGGCGGGCGGAGGCGGUGCGGGAAGGAUGGGGUGUGUACGUCACCCCCAGGGCCCCCAUCCGAGAGGGAAGGGGCCGGCUCGCCCCUCAAAAUGGCGGCAGCAGCGAUGCGCCUGCGUACAGAACUUCUCUGUCGCGCCAGGGCCGGCGGGAAGUGAGGUUCUCGGACGAGCCGCCAGAAGUGUACGGCGACUUCGAGCCCCUGGUGGACAAAGAAAGGUCCCCGGUGGGAAAACGAACCCGGCUAGAAGAGUUCCGGUCCGAUUCUGCGAAAGAGGAAGUGAGAGAAAGCGCGUACUACCUUCGGUCUAGGCAGCGGAGGCAGCCGCGACCCCAGGAAGCCGAGGAGAUGAAGACGCGAAGGACUACCCGCCUUCAGCAGCAGCACUCACAGCAGCCUCCGCUACAGCCGUCUCCCGUUAUGACCAGGAGAGGGCUGCGGGACUCACAUUCCUCUGAAGAGGAUGAACCAUCUUCCCCAACUGAUUUAAGCCAAACGAUCUCAAAGAAAACUGUCAGGAGCAUACAAGAGGCUCCAGCAGAGAGUGAAGAUCUUGUAAUCAGCUUACGUCGACCCCCUCUAAGAUACCCAAGAUCUGAAGCCACCAGUGUCCAACAGAAGGUCAAUUUCUCUGAAGAAGGAGAAACUGAAGAUGAUCAAGACAGCUCUCACAGCAGUGUCACUACUGUUAAGUCCAGAUCCAGGGAUUCUGAUGAAUCUGGAGAUAAAACCACCAGAUCAUCUAGUCAAUAUAUAGAAUCAUUUUGGCAGUCAUCACAAAGUCAAAACUUCACAGCUCAUGAUAAGCAACCUUCAGUGCUGAGCUCAGGAUAUCAAAAAACUCCCCAGGAAUGGGCCCCACAAACUGCAAGAAUGAGGACCAGGAUGCAAACAUCUUCACCAGGCAAGAGUUCAAUAUAUGGCAGUUUUUCAGAUGAUGACAGCAUUCUGAAAUCAGAGCUUGGAAACCAGUCACCAUCAACCUCCAGCCAACAGGUGACUGGACAACCCCAAAAUGCAUCUUUUGUCAAGAGGAACUGGUGGUGGCUACUUCCUCUGAUAGCUGCUCUUGCCUCUGGGAGUUUUUGGUUCUUUAGUACUCCUGAGGUAGAAACCACUGCUGUUCAAGAGUUCCAGAACCAGAUGAAUCAACUUAAGAAUAAGUACCAAGGUCAAGAUGAGAAGCUGUGGAAAAGGAGCCAAACAUUCCUGGAAAAACAUCUUAAUAGCUCCCAUCCUCGGUCUCAGCCUGCUAUCUUACUGCUCACUGCUGCCCGAGAUGCUGAAGAAGCACUUAGGUGUCUGAGUGAACAAAUUGCUGAUGCCUAUUCUUCUUUUCGUAGUGUCCGUGCCAUCCGGAUUGAUGGGACAGAUAAAGCUACUCAAGACAGUGAUACUGUCAAACUAGAGGUAGACCAAGAACUGAGCAAUGGAUUUAAGAAUGGCCAGAAUGCAGCUGUGGUACACCGCUUUGAGUCAUUUCCCGCAGGCUCUACUUUGAUCUUCUACAAAUAUUGUGACCAUGAAAACGCAGCCUUCAAAGAUGUAGCCUUAGUCCUGACUGUCUUAUUGGAGGAAGAGACACUUGGAACAAGUCUAGGCCUAAAGGAAGUUGAAGAAAAAGUAAGAGAUUUUCUUAAAGUCAAGUUCACCAAUUCUAACACACCCAACUCCUACAAUCAUAUGGACCCAGACAAACUGAAUGGCCUCUGGAGCCGUAUUUCUCACUUAGUUCUGCCUGUGCAACCUGAAAAUGCCCUGAAAAGGGGCAUCUGCUUAUAAGAAGUGAGAGAGAAGAAAAAUCAUGUCCCAAGUUGUGAGAAUUGUUCACACUUUCUAACCAGAGACAGAAUUCAGAGCUCUUUUUGAAAGAACUAGUUUCUUUUUAAAGGAAGUUAAGUUCUUACAUAAACAUGGAACAUAUAAAUCAUUCAUUCAACCUAUCUGUGAUAUGAGAGAAUCAUUUCAGUUUCCAUUGAGAGCUGUGUUAAAGGUAUCUUAGGAGUGCAGAUUAUAUGCAGUUCCUUAGAGAAUCUGUUUUGAUUCUGGGCUGAGUUAUUACAGUUAUGGUAUGACCAGUGAGAGGGAUUUGUCUCCUUUCUUAUGAACCUUCCUGAUUUUUUAACUUAGAUUUCUCACUAAGUUUCCUGAGUUAUUAGUAAGAUUGCUCCCUAAAUGUAACCAUGGAUUUUCCCAUUAUGUUCCCUUUUAUACCAUUUAGGUGUGAGUUCCUUAGCUUCUGCCUAUAGGAACGUAAGUAAUGAAAGGUCAUCUAGGUGUGUGUUUGGAAUUUUUUUCUUUUGUUUUUUGGAAGAUGGAAAGAACAAGGCAAGGAAGGAGAAAUUAAUGGGGAAGCUGAAGGAAGGAAAUGUUACAGUAAUCCACUGAGAUGUAGUUUAGUCAAACAUAGUUAUAUGAACUGUUAAUCUUGGUGGAUUCUGUUGGGAUUUGUUUUUUACAUCUCCUUUUUCCUUCCUUGAAGAAAAAUUCUUGGCCCUCCCAAGGAUUCUUCAUGUAUAUUGCAAAAUUUAAUAUAUUUGUUCACUUGAGUCUUAAGAGUAGGUCAGGCCAAGGCAGGUGGAUCACCUGAGGUCAGAAGUUCAAGACCAGCCUGGCCAACAUGGUGAAACCCCGUCUCUACUAAAAAUACAAAAA